CAGACGAUCGGGACUGAUCAGCGUCUAAUAAAUAUGUUUGUUCUCCAGCUGAUGUUGGGGUUUCUGCUCCUCCACCUGGUGAUGAGUUCAGGCUUUGGAAAUCACUCUCUGUGGGGGUUGUUCACCUACAUCUCAGGACCAACCCAGUUCCCAGAGUUCUCCAUGGUUAUGAUGCUGGAUGACAUCCAGGUGGGGUACUAUGACUCAAACACAGACCGACUGAUAAAGGUUGGUAAUGGAGGUGAGAAAGGGGAGGAGCUUGACCUGGGACAGUUAGCCUUGGAUGUGGUGCUGCAGAGUAUGAUGAAGAUGAGGACGAGGUUGGACAUAGUCAAAAAACAGCUAAACCUAACAGCUCCAGGUGUCUACGUUCACCAGGGGAUGGGGGCUUGUGAGAUCCAAGAAAACGAUCAGCAUGAUUUCAUCAUGUUCAGGGAUGGAGCAAAUGGUCAUGAUGCCGACAGCGUGCAGUAUAACAGGACUCACUUCCUGUACGGCGGUGGUGACGGUUGGGAUUUCCACUGGGACAUCAUGGAGCAGAGGUACAUGCAGAAACGUUUCUCAAACAUCUACCAGCCCUUAUGUGCCCAGAUUCUGCGACGCCUGCUGGAGAGUGAGAAGAACCGGGUGAUGCGUCGUGUUCGACCUCGACUACGCCUCCUAUCACAGCCGGGGAGGGGCGGGGCCCAGAUCACCUGUCUGGCCACAGACUUCUACCCUCGCCACAUCAACCUGACGUUGCUGCGGGACGGUGAACCCGUGGAUGAGGACCAAAUGACCGUUGGCUCAGUGCUGCCCAACGGCAACGGUCUCUACCAGCUGAGGAAGACGCUGAUGGUGGAUGAAGAGGAGCUGCAGAGGAAGCACAAGUACACCUGUGCAGCGUCUCACCUGAGUCUGGACAACCGGCUGGACGUGAGCUGGAGGGUGGAGUCUUUCCGUUCAUUCAGAGUCCAGGUCAUCUCUGCUCCCGUCGUCCUGAUGGUUGCUGCCGUCCUGCUGCUGGUGCUGAUGAUGAAGAUGAGGAGAUCAGGGUCAGAGGGCAUCUCCAUGGAAACACAGGAGAGUCCCGGAGCCAACACUGAAGAGGGAUUGGAACCAGGGGUGGAGGACUGGGACGUGACGGCUCCACUGAAGCAGAUUUCCUCCAAGUAA